AUGAUGGUCCCCAAAUGGCGUUGUCCACUGAUGUUCACCUGGAGGUUCUGUUCAAACAGACGCAAAUUGAGUUCCGGUUCCGUUGAAUUGGCAUUUACUAGAUAUGGUGAUCCAGAUCAGGAUCGUCUACGAUCCCCUCUAGUUAUUUGCCAUGGGCUUUUCGGACAGAAGGAAAAUUGGCACAGUGUAGCAAAAGCGUUGCAACAAAGGCUGGGUUGCACUGUGUACACCUUAGAUCUUCGAAACCAUGGCCAGUCACCGUGGAGUGACGUAAUGAACUAUGACGAGAUGAGCGCUGAUGUGGUGAAGUUCAUGGAAUCAAUAUCCAAACAAUUUGAUGUUCCCAAGUUUCAUUUGCUUGGUCAUUCAAUGGGUGGUCGAACUGCAAUGCGACUGGCGAUUGAGCCAUCGUGGCAGCAUCUCAUCGACCAACUCAUCAUUGAAGACGUCUCGCCGAAGACAUAUGACAAGGAUUUCGGAAUACAUAUGGGCUUUCGCAAAUAUAUUCAUGCAAUGGCAGCUAUGGAUUUGCGUAAAAACCGUAAAGAAAUUCUCAAAGAAUUUGAGGUUGUCGUACCAGAUCUGGAUGUUCGACAGUUUUUGCUGAAGAAUCUGGUACCCAGUGAGCUACCAAAUCAGUUUCAGUGGCAGUGUAACCUUAGGGGGAUCGAUAAAAAUCUGGAGGUCCUUCUUAGGUACACAUUUCCAGCUGGGUCGUUCCAAGGUCCAACGCUGUUUUGCUACGGUGAAAAAUCAGAUUAUGUGAAGAUAGCUGAUCACGACCAAAUUCGAUCCAUGUUUCCGAGUGUCUCCAUUAAAGGAAUUGCCAACGCUGGACAUUGGAUUCAUGCUGAACAGCCAACAGUUUUCAUAGAUACUAUUUGUCGAUUUCUUCACUGA